ACCAAAAAAAUAAAAAAGUCGCGACAGUGAGUCUCCGCAGAAAGAACGAUAAACGAGUCUGAUCGUAAAGCCGAGUGUGUGUGUGUGCGCGCGCGUGUGUAAGAGAGUGUGUUUCCUCCGUGUCUAGGAUGAGUCUCGUGUUGAACAGCGUGCUGAGGCAGGCGGCGCGCGCCGUGUCGGUGUCGUGGCGGCGGCAGGGCGCGCGGUGUGUGUGCUCCGCUCCCCCGGGAGACGCGCUGAUCCGGGACCUGGAGCAGAUGGUGAAGAAGGACAAGCUGGUGGUGUUCAUGAAGGGCACUCCGGCACAGCCCAUGUGCGGCUUCAGUAACGCCGUGGUGCAGAUCCUCAGGAUGCACGGGGUGGAGGAGUACACCGCCUAUAACGUGCUGGAGAGGGACGAGCUUCGACAAGGUGUGAAGGCGUUCUCCAACUGGCCCACGAUCCCUCAGGUGUUCUUUAACGGGGAGUUUGUGGGUGGAUGUGACAUCCUGCUGCAGAUGCAUCAGAGCGGAGACCUGGUGGAGGAGCUGGAGAAACUGGGCAUCAGAUCGGCCCUGCUCGACACACACACACCCGCCCAUUAGAGGGAGUCAGAGAGAGAGAGAGAGAGAGAGUGUGUGUGUAAGGUCCAUCACCUCGUAGCAGCUCCAGUUCACACCUGUGACUUUUUUUUAAUCAAUGACAAACACUGAUGUGUGUGUGUGUGUGCGCGUGCGUGUAAGAGAGUUUGUGCGUUCAAGCUGCCUAAUCGUGUGUCUGAACUUUAUUAAUGAAAUACACUCAGUUGCCUUAAAGUUGUCUGAUUCUCUAAAUGUAGAAAUGAAUGAAAUAUGAAAGAAGUCAAAUAAAAUGUAUUUAGAAAAAAACUUU